CUGUGUCCCUUGGACACAGCGGAUCACCGAUCCACGGAAAGAGCCGAAGAUGUCGGCUCGGUCAUGUGAUCAAGUGUGUCCAAUCACAGCUGAUCACAUGCAAACAGGGAAAUGCCGGUUAUCAGCAUUUCUCUCCCCACGAGCUGUCACGCUGACAGCUGAUCAUCACUGUGCCCUAAUGAUCUGUGUAGCCCCAGCAGUGCCACCUGUCAAUGUCCAUCAGUGCCAGAUCUCACUGCUCAUCCAUGCCACCUGCCAGUGUCCAUCAGUGCCACAUCAAUGCCACAUAUCAGUGCCCAUCUGAGCUGCCUUUCAGUGUCACCCAUCAGUGCCAGUCAGUGCCACCUAUCAAUGCCAGUCAGUGCCACCUAUCAGUGUUCAUCAGUGGCACCUAUCAGUGCGCAUCAGUGCUGCCUAUCAGUGCCGCCUAACAGUGCCAGUCAGUGCCACCUAACAGUGCCAGUCAGUGCCGCCUAUCAGUGCCAGUCAGUGCUGCCUAUUAGUACCAUAUAUGAGUGCUGCCUUUCAGUGCCCAUCAGUGAUGCCUGUCAAUGCCCAUCAGUGCCACCUACCAGUGCCUCCUCAUCAGUGCCCAUCAGUGUCACCAAUCAGUGUCCAUCAGUGCAGCCUAUCAGUGCCCAUCACUGCAGCCUCAUUAGCGCACAUCAGUGAAGGAGAAAAAAAAUCACUUAUUUACAAAAUUUUAUAACAAAAACUAAGAAAAAAGUUUUUUUUUUUAAACUUUUCAGUGGUUUUUGGUUUGUUUAAGAAAAAAUAA